AUCAUGAUGUCAAUUUACUAACCCGGAAAAGUUAUGUCACGGGGUCAGAUCGAAUUUCGUAUGUAAAUUGGUGAACUGGAAAAUAAAUAAUUGAUGACAAGGUGUCAAUAUCGUAUUUUGAGGUAAGACGGUGGUAUGUGGGCUCGUUAGAAAGUCCUUAGCUAGCUAGUGUUUCGUUAAACGUCGUCAUUUGUCCCUCUAGCCAGGUUUUUGGCUUGCUAACGUUAGCUAGGUUAACUUGCUAGCUAGCUUUGCUGUCAACCAGGCUUUGUAUUGUUUUUUCGUCGAGAAGAAUCGUCAUUCUUUCAUAACACAUGAGUGUGUCACUGGUAGUUAUCCGUCUGGAGCUCGCAGACCAGUCUCUUUCUCCACAGGAUUUCCAAUACACCACUGUUGAGGAUAUGUCAGAGGAGGAUUUGCAGGAGAAAGCACUGAGCUCAGCCAGGCUCUAUCUGAGUGGGAAGACAGAGUUGGAGAGAGCAGCCGUCUUACAUCAGCACAUCGGCAGCAGAACCAUGGGAGACAUGGUCAUCGAGACCUUCGCACCCAACCCUGAUAAAGAAGAGGGUGAGCAGACUGGGGCAGAGGGAGAGGAGGGUGGAGGAGCCCAACCCCUAGAGGAUCAACUAGACGGGAGGGGUCUUACUGAGGGCCCUACAGAGGUCAGUGCCGAGGGCACAGAGGUGGCUCUAGACUCGCCCUCCAAGCAGCUUCCAGACCAGAUCUCCUUCUUCAGUGGAAACCCCUCAGUGGAGAUAGUCCACGGCAUCAUGCACCUCUACAAGACCAACAAGAUGACAUCACUAACGGAGGACGUGCGUCGCAGUGCCAUGCUGUGUAUCCUGACCGUCCCCACCACCAUGACAAGCCACGACCUCAUGAAGUUUUUGGCACCAUUUUAUGAUGUCAUGGAGCACAUGAAGAUCAUACGAGACUCCACCUCUAACCAGUACAUGGUGCUGAUCAAGUUUAGUAGCCAGGCUGAUGCAGAUAGUUUCUACACAGCGUGUAAUGGCCGUACGUUCAACUCCAUAGAGGAUGCAGUCUGCCAGCUGGUCUAUGUGGAGAGAGCUGAGGUCAUCAAGUCUGAGCAGGGCGCCAGUCUUCCAGUGAUGGAGCUGACAGAGCUUCCUAAGUGUACCGUGUGUCUGGAGAGGAUGGAUGAGUCAGUGAAUGGGGUUCUCACUACACUCUGUAACCACAGCUUCCACAGCCUGUGUCUGCAACGCUGGGAGGAUGCCUCGUGUCCUGUGUGUCGGUAUUGUCAGACCCCAGAGCCUGUAGAGGAGAACAAGUGCUUUGAAUGUGGAGUUCAGGAGAACCUUUGGAUCUGUCUGAUCUGUGGUCAUAUCGGCUGUGGUCGCUACAUCAGUCGUCAUGCCUACAAACACUUUGAGGAGACGCAACACACGUACGCCAUGCAGCUCACUAACCACCGUGUCUGGGACUAUGCUGGAGAUAACUAUGUUCACAGGCUGGUGGCCAGUAAGACUGAUGGGAAGAUGGUUCAGUACGGGUGUGAAGGAGAAACCUGUCAAGAGGAGAAGAUAGACGCUCUGCAACUAGAGUACUCUCACCUGCUAACGAGUCAGCUGGAGUCCCAGCGCAUUUACUGGGAGAAUAAGAUUGUUCACAUGGAGAAGGACACCGUAAAGGAGGUCAACAACAUGAAGGCCAAGUUUAAGGAGACCAUAGAUCGAUGUGAUAAUCUGGAGCGUCGGCUGGGAGAGCUGGCCAAGGACAAACAGGGCAUGGACAAGAAGUGUGGUCAGUUGUCGACCCGUGUGACGAAGCUUGGUCAGGAGCUGAAAGGGGAACAGGAAAUGAACCGCUGUCUGAGAGCCAAUCAGGUUCAGCUACAGGCCCAGUUGGCUGAAGAUGAGCACAAGGCUAGAGAGACUGGCGAACGUAAGGACGGGGUGAUAGCAGAGCUCCAGGAGCAGCUGAGAGAUGUCAUGUUUUACCUGGAGACUCAGCAGCAGAUACAAAGUCUGCCUCCAGAGACCAGGACUGAGAUACAGGAAGGACACAUCAACAUAGGCGCAGCAGUCACUCCUGCCCCGGGACCCUCCACCGCCAUAGGCCGCAGGGGGCGGUCCAAAAAGGGGAAGUAGAGAAGACACAACCAGGAAGUGGAGAGAGGAAGAGAUGUCGGCCUUCACUGAUUACCACAGCCACAAAGUCAUAAACCCUGCCUAUUUCUACAAUUUCUCUUCUUAAAAUGUGAUUUUAAACCUAACCUUAAACCUAGCCUUAACCACACUGCUAACCUUAUUCCUAACCGUAAAUGAAGACCAAAAAGCACAUUUUUGUUUUCAUAAAUUUUAUAUGAUAUAGCCUAUUUUGACUUUGAGGCUGUGGUAAAACCAGAGAUGCCAGAUGCCUGAAAUGACACACCAAAAUGACAUUAUUAAAGUGUGUGUGUGUGGUGUGCGUGUAUGCGCAAUUGAGUGUGUUUGUGCUUUGAAAAAGGACUUUGGCUCCUUAGACAGUACUCUAAGAGGAUGGGAUCAGAAGUUAAGUGUAUAUCUCUGCUUCAAGGUGCCCACUUUGCUCUUCUCCCUCCAUCCUUCUAAAAAAAAAUGCAGUCUUUUUUUAUUUUUUUCACCAUGUUUUCUUCCUGAAAGGAGGAGAGAUUAAUGUGAGAAGUGGACGAAUACCUCAUGUUUGAAUAUGCUGAAUAUGAAUGUCCAGUCACAUUUUGUAGGUAUGUGUGUUGUUAUAAAUGGGUUUAGAAAGUCUGCUUCUGAGGUUCACUACCAGCUGGUUGUCAGCGUUUAUCAUCUCUGUUUUAUCGAACAUCUGAUUCCAAUCUGUUCUCAGGAAACGGCAUGACUCAGUUCUAUCGUGACAACGUUUUUUUCUUUUUUCACUUAGAUAAUUUAAUGUGACAGAAAACAAACUGAACAUCACUUUAUCUGAGAGAUUAAGUCAAGUGCUGAAAUAUUUAAUUUCUCAAUUUAGAAAUGACCUGUGUCAGAGCUGUAGACUUAAUAGAUGGGAACGGGUAUUUGUGACUGGUGCUUUGGCAUUCCUACACUGAUCUGAGAUGUGCACCUGACAUCAAGGGUUGCCCUAUUGCCUGGGCCAAGUCAUCUGAGCAGUCAUGCAAGUUAAGCCUAAGGUUGCAAGUUGGGCAGGUGAUUUUUAACAAAAAGUAAAAACAACAAAACUGCAAAGAAUUCCAGUAGCCUAAAGCCGAUCUUUCUGGUUCCUCCCCCUUAUUUAAAUGUAAGACAGACAAUGUAUGGCAGUCGGGCAAGUUGAGCUUGUUCUACUUGCUACUAACAACCAAAAUACAAAGAAUUCCAGUAGUGAUCUUUCUGGUUCCUCCCCUAUGUGUAAGUGAAAGACAGGCAAUAUAUGGCACUUCUUUGUGUAAAUAGCUCAUUUACAUUUUCGGGCAAGUGCCUUUCAGACUUUAAUGUCAAUCCCUGUAAUACAGUACAAUACUCUACAAAUACAAUAUCAUACAGUUUGACUCCUGUUUCCCUGCACUUACCUGUGUGUAUGUGACCACCAUAUUCUUCACUGACAACACAUCUGUGGCAAGCCUGAAAGGGCACCGUAUUGCCUAUACACUGCACUACUGACCAGAUCCAGGUAAGCUUUGUACAUGCGUGUGUUUGUGUUGAAAUGCUGAAAGGCUACCGGUAUUUUCUGCUCAUUCACAGCUUUCCACUAUAAUAUAGCAUCAAUAUUGUCAUAGCAUGGUAUUGUAUCUAGGUCAACGCAGACUUUCAAAUAGUACACAGCAGCAGCAGAAUCCCACCUUUAGCCUAAUGUGAACAUGUCUUAUUUCAUUUUACCUUCCUGAAUGUCAACUUCCAGCAGUUGAAGUAUUCACUGUGUUUUUUGUAUACAUGUUAAAGCGCUCAAUAAAUUGUGUUACCAUUUGUA